AUGACGUUCUCAGCCGCGACUCGGACCCCACACGUCGAGGCCGACUCGAACGACCCCUGGGCGAUCCAACCCGUCCGACCGGCUUCCCCACCACCGCCCGCCCCAACCCAAGACGAGCUGAUCGAACUCAAGCGGCGAGAAAGGUGGGAGAAGAUGCAACAAAAGGCUCUACAACUUCAGGCGGUGAAAGCGGCGAAGCUGGAGGCGACCAAACUGAACGGUGCCUCGACGACGAUGAGGUUCAAGCCGAGGCCUUGGUUGAGGAGGGACCCGAGUACGAACGGUCAAGCAGGUCAGAGGAGAACGUUCACCUUGUUCAGUUGGAACGUGAGUACAGCUUGUUGGGGGUGGUCAGAGUCGAGUACCCCUUUUCGACAGCGAAAAGACUGACUCGACCUUUUGGCUCCCCCCACUACUCCGAGUGUAGAUGCUCGCCCAGGCUUUGGUCAGAAGGGAACUGUUCCCCGGCUCUGACUUCCUCAAGGUGUGUUUUCAUUGGAGCUAGGGGAAAUGAACUACCGCAGGGAACCAACCUGUUGCUGUCCUUUGUUCCUCAGGUCAAGACCCGAAUUAUAACCCUAAUGGCCGAGUAAGUUUUCAGCGCUGGCACGACGAGUGAUGGUCCUAGAUCUGACCCCGAUCGCCCCCCUCCCUCAUAUAGAGUCCUGCACUACUCCCCCUCGCUCGUCUGUCUCCAAGAAGUCGACCACUACGACACCCAUCGUCAAGCGCUCGAACAGGCCGGCUACGACCUGACCUACCACAUCGGGUACGACACCAAACCCCAUGGCGUUCUGAUCGCCUACCAAGCUUCUCUCUUUGAUAAAGUCGAUCAGUUGGAGAUCAAGUUUGACGAGGAAAAAAUGAGGCCCUCGUCGACGACGACGAGCGUGCAACUGGAUCGAGAAAACCUUGCGGAAGAAAGGAGGAUUCGAGCGCUGUCCCGAUCUACGAGGAACGUCGCUUUGUUCGUCGCGUUGAAACACAAACCAUCGUCGGAUUCUUCGUCGUUGUCGAGUCGUGAAGGAGGUUUGAUCAUCGGGACGACGCACCUGUUUUGGCACCCUACCCAUGUUUACGAGAGGGUUCGACAGAUGUAUCUGUUUGCGGAGAGGGCCGAGAGGUUUAGGGUCGAGAUGCAGGGGAAACACGGCGGGCUCUGGAGACUGAUCCUGGCGGGUGGUGAGUUUUUCUCGAUGAAGCUCAAAAGUUCAAUGAAGUUCGUUGAGUCUUUACCUUUCACUCUUCCGCUCAGACCUCAAUACCCAACCCAACGAAAUCACCUACGCCCUGCUCAAGCGCGUCCCCUUGACCCCCUCCCAAACGCAUGCUUUCGAAGCAAGUUGCGUCAUCCACCAAUCCGUCGACAAGAUAUACGAUCCUUCCUACGAGACGAUGGAAGUCGUCAAAGAAGUGGCCGAGGGGGAAGAAGCGAUCGAGGAUCCCGACAAGGUGAUCAAGAAUUCUCGAGCUGCGAACGAGGCCGAUGGGCUCGUGUCCCUCGACGAGUUCAAACUUCUCUACGAGAGUCUACCCCACGUUCGUUCAGCCUACGGAGAAAUUCACGGUCUCUUCACUGAAGAACAAGCGCAAUGGUACGUCGAACGACCACCCGGUGUCGAAUCGAGUCAAGGGUGGAAGAUCAUCGAGGAUCCUCGAGCGAUCGAACAACGUCGUCAAGGGAGUUGGGAGGAGCGUGUGGCGAGAGGCGAUUUUGAACCCAUGUAUACCAACUAUACGCCGUUGUGGAGGUGUUGUCUCGAUUACAUACUCGCAUUGGAGAAGGAGGAUCGGGGAGUGAGCGGUGUUGAAUGGACGGGCUUGAUGAGGAUGCAUCGUCGGGACGAGAUGGGGGAUGGGUUGCCCAAGUUGGGCGUCGAACCGAGCGAUCAUCUUGCCGUCGCGUGCGAGUUCGUCUUACCUCUGUAG